AUGAGCAACGAACCAACACUACUCACGCCUUUCUGCCACCAACCGGAUCCCAAGUUGUUCUUCCAGAACAAAGAAUUGCCACAUUUUGCGCCUUCCAAGGAUACUCUCGUUCUGCUGUAUCCAGGUGAGGCAACGGGCAGCGGGUUGGUUUUCAGUCAGCAACACAAGGUCGCUUCUUGGAUCGACUCCGAUCUUCAACUCCCGCCAAAGACAUCAUGGCUUCCUCUGCCUAAGAUCUUAGAGCGGUGGAUCCAGAUGUGGGAUACUGGUAAGAUCACGCCAGAACUGAAGCUCGUUUCUUGGAAUGAAUGGGACCUGCCAGCGUCUCUCCGUGCUUGGGCUGAGUUGGGCGAUGCCAUCGAAGCUAGACUGCCCACUUCAGUGGCACGGCAGACCACGUACGAACCACUCAUUAAGCAAAGUGUCGCAGAGAAGUGGAUAGAACAGUCGUUCCAGUACGCAUUCCUCACACGAGCCCGUCGUCCAGCGUUUGGCAGCAUCGCACCAGGUGUGAGCGUUUGGUCAACCAAGUUGUUGGAAGCCUUGCACGCUGCGGAGCCGGAAGACAGCGAACGCAAAAAGGUCAUUGGCCGUAAACCCGGAGACCCCAAAGACUAUCAGUCAGCUCUCUCCUGCGACCUGGCACCUACAUUGCUAUGUCCUGGCAGAGCCGUGGAAACCAGUUGGCGCGAUCAUUCGAAGCCUUCACUGAGAGGCUACAAGGGAAGAGGGUCAGCUUUGUUGAAUCGGAGAGCCGGAUUUUAUCUCUGUCCUGAUGAAGAUUGGAGCGAUGCAAUCGUCUUUUCUGAUGGUAGAGGUAGGGAAAACCUCUUCACCUUCAGAGGAUCGUGUCCGUGGAUGCCUGGCAGACCACUGGCUCUUCUACGCGAUGUCCUCCGAUUCUGGAAAACACUAGUUGUCGACGGAGUCUGGACGAUUGGUGAUGGAGGUGUAUCAGGAAACAUGCCACACUUCCAUUUUCUGACGGGGACAAGGAAAUCGAUCAACGUGGCGGGCACUCGGACUCAUGUGGAUUAUUGCGCUGAUUGGGAAGUCGCCGCGUCGUUCUGA